AUGGCAAUGUUCGCGGUAUUCAAGGUGGCGGGCGUGUCGUCGAAGGUGUCGCGGCUGGUGGCGGCGGGGCGCGCGGGGCGGGCGGGGCGCGCGGGGGCGGGGGCGGGGGCGGGGGCCGCGCUCGCGCAGAGCGAGAGCCGCACGCUGGCGAGCGCGCUGAAGGCGUACCUGCGCGCGCUGCCCGACCCGCUGCUCACGCGCCGCCUGCACCACCAGUUCCUCGCCGCCGCCAAGCUGGAGCGGCGCGGCGAGCGCGUGUGCGCGCUGCACGCGCUCGUGCACGCGCUGCCGCCCGACAACUACGAGAUGCUGCGCAUCGUGCUCACGCAUCUCUGCAACGUGGCGGCGAAGAGCUCGGCGAACCUGAUGAGCGCGUGCAACCUGUCGGUGUGCUUCGGGCCCACGCUGCUGCGCGCCGAGCGCGAGACCGUGGCCUCCAUCCUCGAGCUCAAGUUCUACAACGUGCUCGUCGAGGCGCUCAUCGACCACUGCCACGAGCUGUUCCAGCCGCACCCGCCGCAGCCGCCCCCGCCGCACCAGCCGCACCAGCCGCACGCGCCGCACUUGCAGCACGCGCCGCACCAGCAGCACCAGCACCCGCACAUGAUGCAAACAUCCCCCUCGGCGCUACCUGCCACUGCCAGAAAUGAUAUCAGCGCGCUGGAGAGAGGUGGGCUAGUGUCCUGCGGCGCAGGCGCGGGCGUGGGCGUGGGCGUGGUGGGCGCCGCCCCCGCUGCCUACGCGCCGCACCACCACCAGCUGCUGCAGCACUUCGCUCCCGCGCCGGGCUCGCUGUUGGCGCACAGAGGAGUGAGCGCGGCGCUGUGCAGCAGCAGCUCCGAGUCGGUGUCGAGCCACAGCGCGUCGCCGCCGCCGCGCGGGCCGCUGCGGGCCAACGGCGCGGGGCUCGCGGGCCCGCUGGGGGCCGCCGCGACGCGCGUGCGCACUCUGUACGCCUGCCUUGGCGAGAGCGAGGGCGAGCUGUCCUUCGAGCCCAACCAGAUCAUCACCAACGUGUGCCCGUCGGGCGAGCCGGGCUGGCUGCGCGGCUCGCUCAACGGCAAGAGCGGCCUCGUGCCCGAGAACUACGUAGAGCCGCUGCCGUGAGCGCCGCCCGCCCGAGCGCGCCCGCCCGCGCCCCGCGCCCUGCCUGCGCCCCGCCCGCGCCCUGUCCGCGCCUCGGCGCCCCGCCCGCGCCCCGAGCCCGAGAGACGCCGCCCGACAUUCCCACACCAAAUAUCAUAUCGUAGGCCUACUUGUUGAUAUUUUUCUACUGUUUGUAUAUUUUGUACAUUGUAAAUAAGAUUUGUUAUUUUAACUAUUUAUACUUUAUUAUGUUGUGACUUUUGUACCAAAUAUACUUUGUGAAAGUUCCGACUGAGGAUUGUAUAUAAGAUAUAUCGUAAUAUAUAAAUAAAGUGUAUUCUU